CUUCUGUCACAACAACAAUACGUCAAUUUGUGGCAAUAUUUCUUCCAUUUAAAGGCAAGCCAAACCACCCAGGUUUAGAGUUCUACUCCAUCAGAGAAAACCUUCAAUGAAUUCAGUUAAAAUUUAAGUCUAAAAUGGACACAACUGAUGAUUCAUUGUACCCCAUUGCUGCCCUAAUAGAAGAACUCAAAAACGAAGACGUCCAGCUCCGUUUAAAUUCCAUCAAAAAACUAUCAACCAUAGCUGCAGCUGUGGGCGUAGACAAAACUCGAACCGUCCUAAUUCCAUUUCUAACUGAAACAAUUUACGACGAAGACGAAGUCCUUUUAGCUUUAGCAGAACAAUUAGGCCAGUUUACGUCACUAGUUGGAGGACCAGAUUAUGUUUCUUGUUUGUUGCCUCCAUUGGAAAGCCUGGCAACAAUGGAAGAAACUGUAGUGCGUGAUAAAGCAGUGGAAUCUCUAAGAAUUGUUGCAAGCCAACACAACAUUGCUGAUUUAGAAAAACAUUUUUUUCCUUUGGUGCAAAGAUUAAGCACUGGGGAUUGGUUCACUUCCAGAACAUCUGGAUGUGGGCUUGUAUGGGUUGCUUAUCAAAGAGCCUCUAGCACUUUGAAACCCAAGCUAAGAUUCCUUUUUAAAGGAUUAUGCCAAGAUGAAACUCCAAUGGUACGUAGAGUAGCUGCAACAAACUUAACAAACCUCGCAGAAGUAAUUGAGUUGGAAUAUUUAAAAUCCGAUUUAGUCCCGUUGUUUAUUGAUUUGGCUCGAGAUGAGCACGAUUCUGUUAGGUUAUUAGUUGUAGAAGCUUGUGGCAGUUUUGCAACAAUAUUGAAUCCAGAAGAUGUUAAGCAACUUAUAAUGCCUUCUUUGAAUCAAUGUGCUGAAGAUGUUUCUUGGAGAGUGCGUUACACUGUUGCAACUAAAUUCAUCGAACUACAAAAGGCUUUAGAAGCAAAAACCCCUACAAUGGAUUUGGUUGCAAUUUUGCAUAGUUUGCUAAAAGAUAAUGAAGUUGAUGUUAGAGCAGCUAUUGCCAGCAAUGUUAAAGAUUUUUGCCUGAAUUUGGACAAACAAAAUCAAGAAACUAUUAUCGUAACAAACAUCUUGCCUUGUGUAAAAGAUUUACUGGCUGAUUCAAACCAGCAAGUUAAAACAAAUUUGGCUUCAGUUUUAAGACUCAGUCCUAUUUUAGGCCGUGACAAUACCAUUCAACAUCUUUUACCAAUGUUUUUAGAGCAACUAAAAGACGAUUGUCCUGAAGUAAGAUUGAAUAUUAUUUCAAACCUGGAUUGUGUCAAUGAAGUUAUUGGAAUUGAGCAACUGUCUCAAUCCUUGUUGCCUGCAAUUAUUGAAUUGGCACAAGAUUCCAAGUGGAGAGUUCGUUUUGCCAUUAUAGAAUAUAUUCCGUUGUUAGCUGGGCAAUUAGGCAAAGAGUUUUUCAAUGAAAAAUUGAAUUCUCUUUGCUUGACUUGGCUUACGGAUCAUGUGUUCGCAAUUCGCGAGGCUGCCACGUUUACUCUAAAGAAGUUGGUUAACCAAUUUGGUGCAGAUUGGGCCGAGUCUAUUAUUAUUCCAAAACUCUUACUAAUGGCAAAAGAUCAAAAUUACUUAUACAGAAUGACUUGUUUGUUUUGCAUCAACGUUCUUAUUGAAGCAAACAGUGAUAUUACAACCAGAUCAUUGUUGCCGGUUGUUGUAAGUUUAGCCAAAGAUAAAGUGGCUAAUGUAAGGUUCAAUGUGGCUAAAACUCUUCAGAAGAUUUUGCCGCAUUUGGAUAAAGGGAUCAGGCAAGCGCAAGUUGAGCCAGUUUUGGUUGAGUUGGUUCAAGAUGUUGAUGUAGAUGUGAAGUAUUUUGCCAGUGAAGCUAUGGCGGAUAUACCUGCUUUAGGUUGAAUAAUUUUGUUAAUAAAAAUCCUCCAUUUAUUAUAUAAAAUAAUAAUGUGUAUAUAAAAUAAUGAUUCUAGAAUUAUUAGUUUUUUUUAUCAUUUAUUUACCUAGUAUUUCUUGCAAUA